AUGUUUUACAUGGCAAUAGCAGCUUUCAAGCCAACUAAUGCCACCAACAGUGGUGAAGAACGCUUCCUGGUCAUACGUACAACCAUCCACUUGCAACGACUACGGCUUAUCUCUCGCAACUGGGCAAGAGUCGUACCAUAUUUCCUCUUUGACUCAAUACGCCUACAGACUCGCGGAAUGGCACAUCGGCUUCUGGACACUUGGCAAGGCUCAAUCCUCAGCUCUGCCGACUCACCUCUGCGAUAUCUUUCAAUAGAAGACUUAUUCGGUUACAGUCCAGCUGAUCCCGAAAUUCACAUUCCAGAUAGUGUGAUGAUACAAUGUGCUCUUAGUAUACCUAUGUAUACAGGUGCAAAGAUCAUCCACACCUUUGGUAUAAACAUCACUAGCUUAUCUUUGAUCUUUGGCAAUUGCAUGAUGGUAUCGGAUGAUAUGAUAGAAGCGGUGAAAUAUAUUAAAUGCCUGGAUAAACUUACGCUCAUCAGACGAUAUGACUGGCCGAGACAGUUAUCCACCGACUCAAAUUCAAUUGCCGAACUGCUUUCUGUCGUUCCGACGCUGGAAUCCCUCUCUGUGUCAUUACCGUAUCUAGAACCUCACUUCUUACUUGAUGGCAGUCUGCCAUGCUUAAGGCACUUCUGGUUUGAAUACUUUGCCAGCAGUCGAUAUGCCCUGUCUCAAAUCGUCCGUGCGGCAUCUAGAACACUUAACACAAUCGAAUACGAAUCUGAGGAUCCAGUGACCAACCGACCAGCUGGGAUUCUAGGUGAAUCUCAAUUCAACUUGGAAUGCAGGUUGUUCAGGUCUAGUGCUCUGAAUGAAGGAAAUGUCGUGAACCUAAGAGGGAAUGUAGUGAAGUACGAUGAAGCCAGUGCGACUUGGGAAGUGAAGCUAACCACGUUGUUGGAUAUAGGUAACGGCGUUUCGCAUGGUGCACAAGAAGCGACUAGUACGCCGAAGCCGCCGGCAACGUGGCCUGCCGGCGCUCCGAGAAGGUUACAGAAGAAUCAGGAGACGUCGUCGGGGGUGAUUUGUCCCGUUCAGAACACGAGCAUUGUACAAAGUUGUAACUAG